ACGACCACAUUGAUAACUAUUUCUGCACUUUUGGCCUUUCUUCAGAGUAACUUCACUAUUAUUCAAAAAAUAAUUAUUUUACAAUAUGUCUCAAAAACCAUCAUAUACUCAAAUAGGAUAAAAUGCAGUGAAAUCGGCAAAACAUUUAGUGCCAUGGGCAAUAAUUGUCGUUCUAGAAUCGCCGAAUUUCAAGCUUCUCUCCCUGUCGGUGCUCCAAAAAAGUUCUUAUCAAGUAGCCUUGCCGCCCAAUCUGGAUUAGGAAAUCACUUAUUCGAAAUGGCUUCACUUUUGGGAAUGUCGAGAGUUCUGAAUCGAACACCGAUUCUAUUUGUCGAGGACAAGAAUUAUGAGGGAAUGUGGAAAAGCACAAAAGAAGCGAUUCCCGGAUUAAUUGAAAAAUUUCAAAUUGUUCAUGGCAAAGUACCGUCUCACAACAAACCCAUUCAAUUCAGUAAGCUAUGUUGUGUUUACGUGGAUCCCCGAGUUCUAGAAAAUAUGAACGACGAGUUUCUUCAUUUGGAUUCGCAUUUCUAUCAGUCGUGGAAAUAUUUUGCUGGCAUGCAACGAGAAUUGAUUGGCUACGUGAAAAAAUCAGGAAACUACAGCUCACUUCCAAGGUCAACUGAUAAUGUUUUCGUAACAUGCGCCCACGUUAGAAGAGGUGACUUCUUAUCAGUCGGAUUUGCAGUCGCCGAUGAGCGUUUUGUCAUAAAUGCUCUCGACUUUAUGGAGAAAAAAGAUCCUAGCACUCAUGCUAAAAAGGCCACAGUUUUGUUUGGAGAUACAUUGGAGUUUUUGGAACUCAUUUAUAACAGCUUAAAUAAAAAUAAAUCAAGCACAACAUACUUUAUAGCCAAAAACAGAAACCAUGAUGAUCUACUGUAUGCGAAGGAAAAUUGUGAUGCUGUGCUGAUUGCAUCUCCCCAUUCAACAUUCGGGUGGUGGAUGGGAUAUCUAUCUAAAGGAAAUAAAGUCUAUUAUAUGGAUAUUCGCGAGACUAACGAUCCUAUUUAUAGAAGAGGAGAACUCAAUCCAUACGACUAUUUUGCUGAAAACUGGACGCCACUGAAAUAUGACAUUGAUAAUCAAACUAUAAUUAGAAGUAUUAAAUAGAUUGAUGUAUUUUUUUCUUUAAUUUUGAAUUGUUUAUUUAAAUUUUCAGAACUAAUGUGCUUCCAUUUUUCUAAAAUAGGAAAAAAACUUAAUAGAUACCCACAUGCUCCAUGAUGUCACCCAACUAUCUUUUUUUUAAAUUUCAUAACAAUCAAC